UAGAGGCGCACUCUUGACUAUCCCUCUCCUCGACUCCUUGUCAGUCGUCUCCCCCUCCUUUCACUUUCCCCAUUGACGACGAGUUGACGACCACGACCCAAUCGAGACGUGAAUCGUGUGCGCCGGCUUCCUCACCAGCCAAGCGCGCCUGCGAGGCCGCCCGCCCGCCAAUCUCACCGCCGGUCCAGUCCUCGCCCCCGCCGGAGAGGGUGGAGAUUGUGCGGUUCAAGUUGAAAGCGAUCAACUUGAAAUCUUUUCAGAUUGAACUACAUUUUUUCUGGUAGCAGCAGCCCAUCCAUGGGGGCGUCGUCCUCGAACCUCACCGACGCCGAGUGCGCCGUUCACCUGUUCAAGAUCAACGGCUACUCGGCCACCAGAUCCAUGGGGAGGACGGACUCCCUGCCGUCCAAGCGGCUGGCCGUGGGCGGGUACGAGUGGGAGGUCCACUACACCCCGAACCUCGUCGUCGACGGCAACUACUGGGUCGCGUUCAAGGUCGUCCUCCUCGGCGCGCCGCGCCGGAACGACGUCAAGGCGGCGCUCAAAUGCCGCCUGGUGGAUGCUUCCAACUCCAGUCAGAGACGCGUCGCCGUUGCGUAUGCCAGAGACGCGAACGGGGGGCUCGGUGCCGUCGAGUGUCACAUGUCCCACGCGUUCAAGCGCGCCAAGGAGAGCUCCGGAUGGCUUCAGCUCCGGAGGAGAAGUGCCCUGGAGGCGUCAGAAACUAUCAAAGAAGACUCUUUCACCGUGGAGUGCACCAUCACGGUGAUCACAGAUGAGUUACCUGUACCUGACACGGCAGCAGCUCACGUUCUGCCCAGGCACUCCGGCGCCUCGCAGUCCCUGGGCCAUGACCUUGGUGAGCUCUUGCGCAAGGGGACGGGAUCGGACGUCACGCUUGUGGUGUCCGGCGAGUCCUUCGCGGCGCACAAGGCCAUACUGGCAUCAAGGUCCCCGGUGUUCAUGGCCCAAUUCUUUGGCCACAUGAAGGAGGCUCGCUUGCAGCGCGUCGAGAUCAAGGACAUGAAGGCAGCGGUUUUCAGAGCCAUGCUUGGUUUCAUCUACACUGACAUGGUGCCUGAACUUGAGCAACAGGAGGGUGGCAUCAUCAUCGCUCUGCAUCUGCUUGCUGCUGCGGACAUGUAUGGACUUGACAGGCUCAAAUCGAUGUGCGAAGACAAGCUCUGCGAUGGCACCAGCGUGGAGACAGCAGCAGCAGCUCUGGCUCUGGCAGAGCAGCACGGUUGUUCGAAGCUCAAGGCUCGGUGUAUCGAGCUCAUGGCUGCAAACAUUGAUAAAGUCAUGGAGACUGAGGGUUACAAACAUGUCAUGGCAAGCUCCCCAAUGGUUAUGAAUGACCUCCUCAGGGCGUUGCACGGAAGAAAGAACUGAAGCACUGAUCAUGUUUUUCACUAAGAGGAGAAGAGUUUAAAAUGCAAAUAAGGAUUGGUUUCGGAGAUGUGAAACCAACCCUCCCAAAGUGAAAAGGCUACACUGCAGCUAAAGCGCGACCUGGCAACCUACCUAGAAAUGAAGGAUCAAUAGAAUAGUCGCAAUAUUUUGUGUACUAUAUAUUCAGCAAUAUUUUGUGGUGCUGUAUAUUCAUUUGUAUUGUAUCUCCUCUGCAUCAAUAUCUUAGCUACUUCCAGUAAAGCUACGAGUUUCUGCAUU